CCAGACCAGAUUUUGUACAAUGAUAAUCCGAUCAGGUGGACGUCUUGUCAGCUGCCGUUGUGAGACAUCGAAGACAGGAUUGUCUACAUAGCGUGGAAGGGAGAGUCGGCAUUGUAUGUAGAUAAGCUAAUGUACGUACACGAUCAGAAGGCCCAACACUUGAGAAUUGUUGGAAAGGGUGUGAAGACGGGCAAGGCUGCCAGUCAGUGAAGUGAGCAGGUUGCGACAGACUUUCGACUUUCAAGCUGGAGCUCGGCUCGGAUCGCCAAAUGUCCAGAGCUCCCGCCAGGCCAAAUUCGGACACACCACCGGGAACGGCAGAGGACGUCACGACUAAGCUCCAGACCCCUCCUUUCACUCACAACGCUCAAUGGCAACAACCAGAGGCGACUGACUCCCCAGAUCAAUACGAGCUCGCACAGAGCGCCGAUAGCUCACAAUGUCGCGCGGAAAGCCGGAUUCGUCGAUGUCGAACGAUUCCUUCUCAGACGGAGCUCCCUCCUCAGACUACGACCCAUACCAAAACGAGCAGAACCCUGUCACCUACCAUAUAGACUAUUCACACUUCCCGAAACCUAUUCCGAUCUUUGGUCGGCUCUUUGGUUACAACGAUGCGAUGGUGUCGCAACUUGUGCAGAGGAAAUUAGACAAUGCAACCAAGCUUCUCAACAGACCUGUCACCCAAGAUGAAGCGACAGCACUGGCAUACUUUUCAGCGAAGCAAGUCUCUAUAAUGUCCUAUGGCUCGCCAGCUGGUCUUGCAGGUGGAUUGUGGAGAUGUUACGCCACGAUAGACACGUUCCAAUUUCCAUUUUUCAAACCAGAUCUGGAGAAAUUCCGUUUCGAUAAGUUCCCUUCAACGCGGGCACCGGUCUUAAGAGAUCUACGAGCAAUUGCAGCCUGGCAUAUGGUGAGAGCGGCAUCAUAUAGUACGGUGGGGAUUACCAUUGGGAACAUACUGUUUGGGAGUUACGCGGCGUCAGUGACUGUGGCGGGGGAAAUGUUAGACACAAGAUUAAAGACUUAUGUCGAGGCCAUAAGGGAGAGGCAAAGGCAGAACAUACCACAAGGGACUAAGGGCUCCCAACCUCAGACUGGGCAGACUGGCACAAUAUCAACAGGUGGCUCUAAGCUACCAUAUGAUCAAAGUCCUGCUGGGAUUUUUGGGCAAGCAGAUAUGACUCCAUCUUCGGGAACUUAUGAUUCGGGCGUGCAGGUACAACCACAAAGGCGGCAAUGGCCAUUACCGAGACAGAUACCCCCUCAAGCCCCUCAAGCCCCGGCCGAUGAUCAGGCUAAGCCUUUCGAUAUGUUUGAUGGUGCUUCCCCAACAAGCGGACAAGGAAUGAUGGGAGAUAUAACUCCAGCGCAACCACAAGGCUCGGCAUGGGAAAGAUUACGGCGAGGUGAGAAGCCUGCGGCUGCUCCUUCGACGACCACGUAUCAACAGCAACAAAGGCAGACCCAACGAGAACAGAGAGAUGGAUCUACAAUAGGCGAUGGAUACACUUUCUCAAGGUCGGACGAAGAGAGGAGUUACGCUAAGGAGGAAGCGCAGAAGGAAUUUGAUGCUCGAAUAGAGCUUGAGAGACGUGGGGGAGAUUUCAAUGCAGGAAAUAAAAGAUGGUGAUGAUGUACGAGUAUAUUGGGACGCUAAAAUGUGCAUUGUCUCGGCAUUUAUGGUCCUCUGGGAUGAAGGCCAGGUUGCAAAGUAAUCUCAUCACCGUUAUUGAUCUAUGAGCGCUG